AUGUAAGAUUAACCAAAUAUUCUUCCUGUUUAUUAAAAUACUCGCUAAAACUCAAAAAAAAAAGAAUUUUAGGAGCCUAAAAAAAGGAAAAAAAAAAGUGAUCCUCUUUAAAAUACAGGAAAUUAUUGGAAAUAAAAAGCAAAUGAUGCUUUUAAUAAUAAUAAUUUAGAAACUGCUAUCGAAUAUUACACAUAAGCUAUAGAAAUCGAUAGUUCUUAAUCAAUAUAUUAUUCAAAUAGGGGAAAAUGUUAUAAAAAAUUGGAUAAAAUUAAAUAAGCAUUUGAUGAUGCAGUUCAUGCUAUUGAACUAGAUGAAAAUAAUAUAAAAGCAUAACUUUUAUGCGGUUAAACUUUAUGUGAAAUAGGAAAAAACGAAAAAAGUAACUAAAAAAUUUUAAAUGGGAUAAAAAGAUUAACAAGAGCUUUUACUUUAUGCUCUGGAAAUAAAAAAUAAUAAUAUGAAAAAGAUAUAAGUAUAUAUAUUUAUAGAGCUAAAAAACUUUUAUGGUAUAAGUAAUAUGAGGACUUAAAAUAAAAGAAAAUGGAAUUAUUAGAAUCAUAUAAAAAAUAAAUUGAAAGUUAAAAUCUUUCUUAAGAAAAUACUUAAGACGAAAUAAAUAAAUUUAUAUAAUUUAUUGGUGAUCCUUAUUAAUAAUAAGAAUUAUCUAUUCCUGAUUAUUUAGUUUGUAAGAUUAGUUUAGAUUUAAUGGAGGAUCCGGUAAUAACCGAAUGUGGAUAAACUUAUGAAAAAGUUGUUUUAGAUGAACAUUUUAAAAAAAAUGGUUAUAUCGAUCCUAUUACUAGAAAAUAAAUUAGUCAAAAAGUAUAUACAAAUUUAUCAGUUAAACAGGGUAUACAAGAAUUUCUUAAUAUAAAUCCAUGGGCUUUUGAAUUUUCUUAGUACGAGAAUUAUAAAACAAUAGAGUUUUGA